UGUGUGGCAGCCGUGCUGUGUUAACGUGUUGGCGCAGAGCUCUCUCCUCUUGCCUCCCCUCACACGCGCGCACACUCAUGGGCUGCCCCGCUUAAAAUGCAAACUUUGUCACUUAUUCAGCAGAAAGGAGAAAAAUGUUGUUUGAGGCGUGGUGCAGUUCUUGUGUAACUUGCUUGCCUGUGUGUUUACUGCUUUACCAGAGGAAUUAGUGUACAUUAAUGGGCCUCUUCAGUGUUGGAGUUGCAAACAAGAUCUGGUGGUCAAUUUAGAAAAGUAUGCAGUUGUAGUAAAAUGCAGUUACAAGAUACAGUAGUUAGAUUCUAAAUUUGCCUGAAGAUGAAUUAAAUUGGCAUAUUUAAACUGUUAAUGUACAUCCAUUUUGAAAGUUAUUCAAUUCUUUAUUAAUGUAAAACAAUUGCAGUAAUUCUAAUUAAUUUGGAAGAUCAAUUAUUGGUUUGGUAAAAAUGUGUGACUUGGAAUGCAUUGAGGUUGGUGAGGGUGUUGCACAGGUUUCUCAGUCAAGCCAAAAUAUGGAGUGUAAAUCAUUUGCACUGAAACGUGAACUUCUUGAUGAGGUGUAUGAGGAAAUUUAUAGUCACGGUAUACAGUCUUCUGCAAAUAUGAAGAAUGAAAAUCAUUCCUGGAAAGCAUCAUGUGUGAAAAUAGAGAAGACUGAACCAUUCUUUCAUGAGGAAGAAAAGUUUGCGCAUCCUAAUGAAAGGAAAGGUUGUGGUGAAUCCUUGAGGAAUAGUUUAGAUAGAAUAUCUCUGUAUAAUGUAAUAAAAGUAGAGCCACGUACAGAGUUAAGUGCACAAUGUACAGAGAAACCAAAGGAAAAUAAAAAAAAAGACAUCAUGCUAAAUUGUGUGAAAAUUAAAGCCAAACACUCAGGAACCCCCAAAAAACAGAAGAAAACAAAAGCCAAACAAUUAACUCAACCUUCUAAACAAAGGAAGAUAAGUUUAAACACCAGAGAUGACUCAAUGUCAUGUACCAACAAUGUUAAAGAUGAUGCUCACACUAAAAUUAGUGAUAUACCAGUGUCAGAAAAUCCAGAAACUGAACAGGCACACACUAAUUUUCAAGCAAAUGGAAGCAAAACAAUGUUGUGUAAUGCCUCAGCUGUAAAUAAGCCCAGAGAGAGCAUUUUAAGCACCAGAGAUGACACAAUGACAGUGUCAUGUACCAAGAAUAUUAAAGAGGCCCCUUGCACUAGUAUUAUUGAAUUCCCAACUUCAGAAAAUCCUGAAACUGAACAUAAACACACUAAUUUUCAAGCAUAUGAAAGUAAAACGGUAUCAUGUAAUAACUUGAUUGCAAAUAAACCUAAAAUUGAAUUAGAACCUAGAGUGGCUGAUGUAAUGCCUCGUAAUAAAGUGCAGAUUUUUCCCAGUUCCUCAGGAAUGUGUCGGUCCCCACUAGACAAGCCAUCAGACCCUCACAAUAGAAGCAAAAAUAAGGUUCAAACUUUUGAUAGGAAAAGGAACAAUCACAACUCCUCGCGAUGGUUUCAUAGGACAAAAGGCCAAAAACAGUUGUCAUUGGGAGAUGUCUCUACGAGGAGACCAUUGCACAAUGGCUCUCAAAGUUUACGCUGGCAGGACCAAGGUGGUGGUGGCGUUUGGCAGGGCCAAGGAGGUGGUGGCGUUUGGCAGGGCCAAGGAGGUGGUGGCGUUUGGCAGGGCCAAGGAGGUGGUGGCUGGCAGGGCCAAGGAGAUGGUGGUGUCUGGCAGGGCCAAGGAGAUGGUGCCUGGCAGGGCCAAGGAGAUGGUGCCUGGCAGGGCCAAGGAGAUGGUGCCUGGCAGGGCCAAGGUGGUAGUGCCUGGCUGGGCCAAGGCCUAGGUGCUUGGCUGGGCCUAGGUGCCUGGCUGGGCCAAGGCCUAGGUGCCUGGCAGGGCCAAGGCCUAGGUGCCUGGCAGGGCCAAGGCCUAGGUGCCUGGCAGGGCCAAGGCCUAGGUGCCAGGCAGGGCCAAGGCCUAGGUGCCAGGCAGGGCCAAGGCCUAGGUGCCAGGCAGGGCCAAGGACGAGGUGCUAGGCAGGGCCAAGGACGAGGUGCCUGGAAGGGCCAAGGACGAGGUGCCUGGCAGGGCCAAGGACGAGGUGCCUGGCAGGGCCAAGGACGAGGUGCCUGGCAGGGCCAAGGAGGUGGUGCCUGGCAGAGCCAAGGUUGUACAUUCCCUGGAAACAGUAACUGUAUAAAUGAACAGCAAAGUAAAUAUAGGGCAUUGAAAUUUCAACAAAAACACACUAAAAACAAUAUUCGGGUAAACCCAAUAAGUAGGUUUAGUAAUGGUGGUACUUGGCCAAAAUCACUGCAAAGCAGAGCCAAUGUAACUGAGCUCUGCAAUCAUAAAAGUGAUAAAGCAAGUAGUAUAGUGACUGAGCAGGCUGGUAUUAAGCAGUGUGAUGAAAAUGGAGAAGUUGGUACGAAGUGUGGCAUUAGUAACGUUAAAUGUAAUAAGUUGGACAUGGUAGAUAGAGGUGAAAAUAUUACACUUGGGGAGAAUGGUGCCUCACAAGAAAGAGAUAAUGGUGAAUCAGCCAUUAUGUUCAAUGAGACUGAGGUACAGUGCGAUGAGGUUCAACACCAUAGUUGCAUGCAUGACUCGGAAGAUGUUAAACAAGAUAAAAGUCAAAAUUGUCAACAAAGCACAAACUCUCUGGAGUCGGCAAUCAAUACUGAGGACUGUAAAUUGCUUGAUGGAAUUGCACAUGAUCAAGCCAUUAAGAUUCUAGAGACCAGUGACAGUAAUAAGAACACUUCAUUUAAGAAAGAUAAUUUAUCAGAAGAGGAAGAUGAAUGUUGUAUACUGACUUCACGCAAAUUGUUUUGUCCUUCACUUAAUAGUACUGUAAUUUUUGAAGAUGCGAAUGAAUUACCCGCCAUCUUGAAGUCUGGUGAAAACACAGUGUGCAAUAAGACUGAGGAGCAAUGUGACGAGAUGCAGUGUGACGAGGAUCAGCACGGAGAGGAUCAGCGCGGCGAGGUUCAGCGCGGCGAGGUUCAGCGUGACGAAGUUCAACACCAUAGUAACAUACAUGACUCUGAAGAUGUUAAAAAUUAUAAAAAUCACAAUUCUCAACAAAACAUAAAAUCUUUGGAGCCAGCAAUCAAUACUGAGGACUGCAACUUGCUGGGUGGAAUUGCACAUGAUCAAGCCAUUGAGAUACUAGAGACCAGUGACAGCAAUAAGAGCGCUUCAUUUAAAAAAAAUAAUUUCCCAGAAGAUGAUGAUGAAUGUUGCAUUCUGAAUGCAAGCAAAUCUUCUUCACUUAAUAGUACUGUUAUUUUUGAAGAUGUGAAUGAAUUACCCGCCAUCUUGAAGUCUAAUGAAAACAAUGGAGAUGAUGAAGAGAUUGAAAUUACAUGGGAAAAAAUUAAAUGUAGACCAGCGGUUAUUCCAUUGGUUGAUAUCACCAAUCCUGACUGCAAGGCUGAGUGUCCUGUAUAGGUGAUCUCUUAUGACUCGUGAUUCCAUUGGUUGAAGAAAACUAACUUUCAGGCUUAUAUAAUUAACAGGUAAUUUUAUAAACCCAACAUAAAAUACAUUUUUCAGAAACCACCAGCCAGAUCAAUCUUGAAAAUUAAUACUGUACCGAUGUGUGAAAUAAUGUCAACAAACUGUGUAUUCAAAGAUGCCUUAUUGUAGAUCAUAUUGUUUAGUAUGAUGUUGGCAGCAGCCCUGAGCACUUGGACAAGUGCUGCAGUUGGUGCAGGUGUAAAUGUAUAAUUGGCAUUUUUGUAAGGUGUGGGGAAGGGAUGUACAUAGUACAAAACAUGUUCCUAUAGAAUUACAUAAACUAUCUGUGUGUAAGACACAUUUGUGUUGCAUACUAUUUCUGCUUUAACACAAUAUUUGUAAGUUGCUAUUGUUACCAAGUUAUUUGUUUUUAAGUGUUAAAUUGCAUUAAUUAAUAAGAAAUACAGUACAGAUUUAAUUACAAUUCUUUAUUUUUUUAAGAGUAUAUAAUUUGUAUUUUAGUUUUGUUUGGGACAUUUUUGUUUUAGUUUGGGUUUGUUUGGUUACCAAAGUUUCAGAAGAAUGUGCAUUACUAAUUUAUAACAAAAUGGAAAGAAUAUUUUGAAUGUGUUCAUAAAUACUGUACAGUGUACAGGUAUUUGAAAUAUUUCUGAAAUAUUAUUGCUUGGCAAAGUCUUAAUACUAAAAAAAUUACUGCAGAACAUUUCUAAUUUUAAGUACAGUACUGUAUUUGUAAUGAAGUCAUUAUUAUACAGUAAUGCAUUUGCUGUUGUGUAAAUUCAUUACUGUAUGUGGGUAUAAAAUAUGCAAAUAAGAUAAAUUUUCUAUGUUAAA